CAAGCUGCACUUUCUAGAAGAACGUCUUGUGCACCUUUUAAAUAGAGACACUCCGCGAUCCUCAUCAGUGUCCCGAGCUCGCAGCACAGCAAGCAACCUCCUCCACCAUGUCCAAGAUCGCCAUCGUCGUCGUGCUGGCCGUGGCCGCCUGCCUCAUUCCCGACGCCAUGUCCGCCUGCAGCUCCAGUCAGCUCGACAACCUGGAGAACCAGCUCGAAAUCUGCAGCAAGGGCCUCCCUGUCCAGCAGUUUGAUGGCUACUGGCGCUGGGCCCGUGACGUCACCAGCAGGUUGAAGAGAGAAACCACCUGCGACUUGAGCAAGGCCCCCGCCCUCUUCCGGUCCGAGCUGCGCAGCAUCGGCUACAUCGGCAAGAAGGACCUUGACCGCGCUGUGACCUGCAUCGCCAACUCUAUCCAAUACGGCAUUUGUUGUUAAAGAAAACGGACGACGAACGGACAAUAAAGAUCAAAGUCAACAACAAUUAA